UGCAAAUAUUUGGAGUACAGUACUGUUCCAUCAAUUGAAAGAGAGAGCACAAUGUGAAAGAGGUGGCCCUACAAUUCCCAAGCCAUUGCAUGGCAACGAUAAGUCUCUCAUUGGAUUUUGUCAGAUAUAGUUUUUUUCUUCAUGACAACACCAACAAAAAGUCAACGCGCCUAACCGGAGCCAUGCUGGCAAGCGUUUUGAUUUCCUACUAACAACAAACACAUCACUGUGACCCUCACUAAACAUGGGUGGCGUACACAAACAGCCUUCACAUCAUCAUCAUCAUCAUUAUGAGGGCGUACACGAACACCCGUGCUACCUUGGAAAGCUCUAACACCGGAAAGUCUUCCUGUUAUUGUUCAUUUCAAACCAAAGAUGGGUUACAGGACGGUGGUGAUGUACAUGGAGAUCGGCUGCUUCGUGGUUUGCGUGUCUGGAUGGAUCUUGGUGUGCUCCACCAUGCCGACGGAGAUCUGGACCUGGUCUGAGGUGGGCAGCAUUGUCCUGACCACUUCUAACUACUUCUCCAACUUGUGGAAGGACUGUGUGUCCGAUUCCACUGGCGUGUCCGACUGCAAGGGCAUCCCGUCCUUGCUCGCACUCAACUGGGACAUUCACAUGUGCCGCGCCCUCAUCAUCACCGCCAUCAUCCUGGCGUUCUUCGGCUCGGUCCUGGUCAUGGUGGGAAUGAAAUGCACCAAGGUCGGUGGCUCGGAGUUGGCCAAGGCAAGAGUGACUUUUGCUGGGGGGAUGAAUUACCUUUUUGCUGGGUUGUGUUCUAUGACUGCUUUCUCCUAUUACGGCAACAAAAUAAGAGCAGAAUUCCAGGAUCCUAAUUACAGAGAACAAAAGUUUGAAAUUGGCGUUGGCGUGUUUAUCGGCUGGGGAGGCUCAACUUUACUGGUGGUUGGAGGUCUUCUUUACAGUAUCUUUGCGGGGAGGGAAGGCUGCCAAUCAAGUUACAAAGCGGACCCCGCCUACAUGUUUCCUGAUCCCUACAUGUCUGCGCCCACAAAGAAGAAGGUGGCUCUCUCAGAUGUGAGUGAGAGCAAGAAAACGCCAAGUAGCCGUACGACGAGCAGUAUCGGUGGGAGCGGUAGUCGUCGUAGUAGUGGUAGUAGAAGUAGUAGUAGUAGAGCCAGCGGCAGCAGCGUGUCUGCAGUGACCAGCAGCACCAGAACAUCUACAACAAAUGCAUACGUCUGAGUUCAUAUUAAAUGAGGACGCCAGUUAUUUUUGCAUUCCCCAAAUUGAAUUUUGGGGCUUUUUAUAUGAACUACAAUGCACAACAUGUAAAACCUAUUCACAUAAAUUGACUUUGGUGAUUACUUUGAUUACUACAGUAAUACGGUCUAUAAAAUCCAAACUUUGCUCCUC